AUGGAUAGACUACAUAAUAGAGACCUGAAAGCGCUUAAAUAUGACGGUGGUAUAACAAAAUCAUUGACUUUCGAGGUGUACCCGGAUAAUUCAGCAUCAGAAUUAGAAUUUGAAAAUGGUGAUAUUAAGUUAAUACACGGAAAUAAAGGACCAGAAAAAAGAGGAUUAGCAGCUAAGCGGUACAUCAGCUUAAACAGAAUAGUUAAGGUGUUUGAACCAAAAUUGAAAACCAUCAAUAGUUUACCUCUGGACAGCUGUAAUGAUUCGUGCAAGAAUGUGUGUCAAAAUUGUUUGGCGGCAAAUACCUUCAUAAAUGAUGAACUUCCGAGUUUUGUUGGAUAUGACUGUUCAAAGCCUAAAGAUAUCGACUCAAUUAUAGAGUCUAAGAUGGUAACUUGUGAAAAAUGUCGAAUUUACAAAUAUUGUAAUCAGGAAUGUUACAAUGCCCAUUGGAAUCAAAUGCACCGGUACGAAUGCCAUUUCUUUAGGCAAAUAAUGGACAAUAGUCAGUUCAAAGAAGAGGAUAGUCUUUCAGAAUUUAUUAGACACGGGAUUAGAUUGUAUGUUUUAUGUGAUCUUGACAAAGAAUACAAAUCUAGAGUAUUCAACUUAACGUCACAUAGUAGCAUCAUAAAUUCAGACGAAGAGUAUUCUUGGUUACACGAAUAUACUAAAUGCCUUGUGAAAGCAAUUGAUAUUAAUAUGGGCUCCAAAUUGUAUAGCUAUAUUUGGGAGCUUUUGUGCAUUAUAUUGGUUAAUUCGAGUGUGCUCAUGAAUGAAUACCAAGAAGCAAUAGGUUUUAGUUUUGAUCCAGAUUUUUCGUUAUUAAAUCAUUCCUGCAUUCCUAAUACCCUAGUUAUACCUCUAAAUCAUUCAAAGUUCUCUUUAGUUGCUACGUUUCCGGUUUCUGAGAGUAAGGAAUUAAUGACUAAUUAUUGUUUUACAAGCUGCCCCAAGGAAUUGAGAAAUUUAGAAUUACAAAAGAGGUUCUUCUUCAGCUGUAGUUGCUCCUUAUGCAAGCAGAGAUUCGAUUGGUUUUUUUCAUAUAACUGUUCUAUUUGUGGAAUGUUAGUAUGUAGCUUAACAUUCCAAGACUUUUUUUCAAAUGAUUUAUCUAAAGGUCUAAUUUUUAAAAAUCAAUGUAAUGUUGAUUUUUGCAGCAAUUGUGGAAAACCCAUCGACAAAGAUCUUCUUAAAGAGUCAAGAAAAAAUCACCAACAACUAUUAGCGAUAGUCUUAUACGAUCUUUACAAUAAUAGUUUGAAUUACGAAGUGGAUAAUACAUAUAUUAGCAAAGAAAAAUAUUAUGACAAUAUUAAAAAAUUUAUGACAGACAUCGACUUAAUUAAUAUUUCUGGAGACAAACUAGUUGAUCUUAUCGAGUCGCUUCAAUUCGCAACAUACAAAGUAUCACCACACAGCUUGAAUAAUGUUAGAAGUAUUUGCAUUUACCUUCGUGAAAACAAAAUUGUCCCAAGUUAUUGCUUUCCUUUGAAUCACGUUAUAUCAGGCUUUAAUGAAUACGACUUGGUUUCAUACACAGGGAUAUCUAACACGGACAAGGAUUAUCACGUUCAAUGUCUAGCGACUAAACUCAAAAUAGAUAUAAGAACAUAUUUUGAAGUCAAAAUCCCGGGCGAUCUAACAGAUCUGAAAAUAUCAACGAUAAUAUACUUUAAAGAUAUAAGUCAGCAAUUACUAACAUUGGCAGAAGUUAUUAUCCAGUAUGAUAUUGAUGCUUCUAUUAUGAAUGAAUGGAUUGAAAAUAAAGAAAAACUUCUUGAAACAUUGAUAAAAUGUGCAUCAUUUCUAAAUUUACAGGCAAUUGAUGCAUAUUUACCUCUCUCCAUAAUGAAUAACAGCUAUACAAUGCUCACUCAAUUGGUAGAUAUCGGCAAACAAAUAAAAUAUUUGAGUACAAGCAAAAAAAUUAAAGGUAUUCCUAAGGAAGUUUCAGUAUGGUAUAACAAAAGCCCAAGGAACUUUGAAGACCAAAUGUUCACCACACACUUGAAAGAAUUAUUCAAGUUUGCCAAUAUACCUAUUGCAUUCAAGAACUCAGUUUUCAAGCUUCAGUUCGCAGAUAGGAAUAGAAAGCAGCUAUUCAAGCCUGUCCAUCUAUUGACAAGUAAAGAUAUGGACUCACUCAAUGUAAGCAUCGCGUAG